AUGCUGCUGUCCGCGUAUCAGCAAGCGGCGCAGCGAGACGCUACUGCAAUGAGGCAGCGUCGUCGAACUCUACGUACUUUGAUUGGUGUCAUCGGUACCGUCGCUCUUUUCGUUGGGUGCAUCGCUGUAGUCGACGUGAUGGCGAUGAGUGGCAAUGGAGUUGACACUAUGACACUUGAAAUCUCUACCGAGGAUGAGGCUAUCCAGAUGGAGUCGCAGUUUGGCUGGAACUCCAUUGGCUACGGCUGGUGCUCGCUCAAGUCGUCGACGUGGUGCAUGUUCAGCAGGAACGCAAGGCGCUGGAAGUGGCAGUGGAGACUUUGGUAA